GGCAGGUGGAGGCAGAGUGGAGUUCAGCACACAGAGCGGAGUCUGCUGACAGAAAAGAAAAGAAAAGAAAAGAAAAGAAAAGAAAAGAAAAGAAAAGAAAAGAAGAGAAAGAGUUGUGUCAGCUGUUUCUCUCAUCCAGCAUGGCGGGCUCCUCCAACCCUCUGUCCCGGACCUCCAGCCCACCCACCGACCCUCUCUUCCACUCCGACCCGCCGUACAGCGCUCCCAACCCGUCCAGCUCCCCGCGCCUGCCCGCCGCUCGCCUCGGAGCCUUCCUGAGCGGCGGGAGCGGCGGGAGCGGCGGGAGCGGCGGGAGCGGCAAGCUGCCAGUCAGUGUGAACGGGCCGAGCGGCGGCCCCGGCGGCCCCCACACCGAGUGUAAGAUGGUGGAGCUGCACGGCGUGAAGGUGGCGUCGUUCACGGUGAACGGCGUGGAGCUGAUCUGCCUGCCGCAGGUGUUCGAGCUGUUCCUGAAGCACCUGGUGGGCGGCCUGCACACCGUGUACACCAAGCUGAAGCGGCUGGACAUCAGCCCGGUGGUCUGCACCGUGGAGCAGGUCCGCGUCCUGCGGGGCCUGGGGGCCAUCCAGCCCGGCGUCAACCGCUGCAAACUCAUCACCAGGACCGACUUCGAGGCGCUGUACCGGGACUGCACCAACGCCAGCUCUCGUCCCGGUCGGCCUCCUAAACGAACUCUGGGCGUGGCAUCGAUGACUGACGGCUCCAGGCUCCUCCCACAUGGACUGCUAAGCCCCGCCCUGCUUUCACCAACAGGCCUGACGGCGGCGGCCAUGGCCGAGGCGGUGAAGCUGCAAAAGAUGAGGAUGAUGAUGAGUUUCCACGGCAACAGCGACCACCAGCGGCAACACAACGGCACGGAGUCGGAGAACGACGAGUUGAACUCCAACGCAGGAGGCAGUGAGUGCUCCUGGGAGAAGGAGGGGCUCCUCUCCCCCCCUCCCUCCUCUGUGGUGGGCGUGGCUCCUCCUCCUGGCUCAGUGGGCGGAGCCACAGCGUCCCUCCUGGGCGGUCACCAGCUGAGCCUGCAGCAGCACGGCACCCUGCUGGCCAAUCGUCUGUCGGACCUUCCUUUUAUGGUCAUGCCCCACCCCCUCCUCCCGGUGGGCCUGCCACCCGCCAGCGUCGCCAUGGCGAUGAACCAGAUGAGUCAGCUGAGCGGCUUGGCCAACAUGGCCGCCAUGUCGCACGUCCCGCAGGCGGAGGAGAGCAAGGAGUCGGUGCCAGGAAGCCCCGCCCCCUCCCCGUGCCCCUCCCCCAGUGACGACGAGCUCCACCCCCAGCAACCUGCCAGCCAAUCCCCUUCCAGAGCCUCUUCAUCCUCCUCAUCAUCACCUCCACCGACACACACCCCAGACCUGGUGCUGAACUCCACAGAUGGUGAAAUUGCAGAACGAGAAAACAACAUUAAAAAGAUUCUGAAGGAAAAAGAUGAUUCCAUGUUGCCCCUCCCACUUCUGAAACCCACCUAUGAGAAGAUGCCGCUCACCUCUCAACCGCUGUCCAUCAACCACGCAAGCCCCGCCUUUGCGCCAUUCCUAUUGGCUGAGGGACUGUCGUCAAUGGAAACGCUGCUCACUAAUAUACAGGGUCUCCUGAAGGUGGCGGUAGAGAGCGCUCGCUCCCAGGAUAAACAGAACCAGCAGGAGAGGAAAGAGUUAAAACUGGAGCUGGAGAGAGAGCGCGACGUGAGACAGGCUCUGCAGAGACAGCUGAGCUCCGAGCUGCAGAGCAGAGGUGAGACAGUGUCGAUCCAGCGGCGGCUGAGGAAGGAGAAAAAGGCCAAGAGGAAGCUGCAGGAGGCUCUGGACUUCGAGGCGAGGAGGAGGGAGCAGGUGGAGCGAGCGCUCAAACACUCCGACUCCCUGAGCGACGGCGUUCUGCCUGAGAACGAGCUGGAGAACAAACAGCAGGAGAACUCUGCAGUGCAAGAGAACAGACUGUACACCAAAGCUCCCAUCCUCUUCUGAGACACUCAGCACACCGCUGGAGGAUGGAGGAGGAGGAGAAGAAGAAGAAGAAGAAGAAGAAGAAAAAGAAAAAGAAGAAGAAGAAGAGGAGGAGUGAUGUCUGCUACCUCCUCCUGGGAAAAGAAAAAAGAGUAAAGAACGAGAGAAGUGCAGUCGUCCCCCCCUCUCUCUCUGCUGAGGCUGAUUUGUCUUGGUUACUGUAUAAUACAUGGGUUUAUUAUUAUCAUUAUUACCGUUACUAUUAUCAUUAUUAUCAUUUUCAUUGUUAUUAUUAUUAUGAUUAUUAUUAUUAUUGUUAUUGUUAAUGUUCUGGUCAUGAUGCUGAAGCUCUGAGAGACCAGAGUCUGUGCUCGUGCCAGCAGAACUGGAACCUGGUCUGGAACAUUCUGGCCCUCACCUGGGGAGCCUGUGAUGUCACCUGGGGAGCCUGUGAUGUCACCUGGGGAGGCUGUGAUGUCACCAGGGGAGACGCCUCUGAACUUUUUUCUGCAGACUAUACUGGGGCUGUGAAGGACCAGUAUAGUUUCUGUUUGCCACAGAGGCGCUGAACGGGUCGCCUGAGGUUCCCGGGACACGUGAACAAAGUAUUUACUCCUCACUUCCUGUUUGGGGCAGGGCCAUAUCUCAGUUUGAUCUCAGUGGCAUUGACCUGAUAACAUGUCGCUGCUCUCAUCCUGCUGUGCUGCUUCACUUCUUUACUGGCUGCUGCUGUUAGUGGGAGCUGCUGGAAGCCACGCCCCCUGAGCGCUGUGACACCUGGUGCUCCGCCUCGCUGUGCAUCACCUCAAAACA